CUGCUCCUCCGGUGGUAAUCCUUGUUGUUGUCUGCGCAACGGCUGUGAACAGAGCACCAGGGACAGACUGUUAACAAACUGGAGACGUAGUUUAACACCUGGAGUAAACUCCGUCAUCCAAAAUGUCCACCGAGGAGCUGUCAGCCUCGGACAGCGAGGCUGCCUUCGCCACCGCCGGGGAGCGAUGGGCACCGGUCGGCGCUGUGGCCAGCCCCGAGGAUGAGAGCGGGAGCGGCGGCGCUGGCCAGCCGAAGCAGAGGCGCUCGUCCUCGGCCACAGAGGGGGAAAUGGCCGCCCGGAUGGAGAAGCUGGAAGAAGAGCAGGAGCUGCUGAACUCCUCUCUCCUCGCCCUCACCUCCCACUUUGCCCAGGUGCAGUUCCGACUGAAGCAGAUAGUUCACGCCCAGAGCGAGGAGAAGGAGAGGAUGCUGGCCGAGCUGGAGGAGUUCGCCUUCAGGGGCUGCCCGCAUGUGGUGGGCUGCCGGGCUCAGGAUGCCAAGCAGCUGGAGAACUCGAGUGAGAGAGAGAAGAGAGAGCGCCUGGAGGCUCAGCGGGAAAAACAGAAGGAUCUAAUUUUCCAACUGAAGACACAGCUGGAUGAUCUGGAGCGCUACGCCUAUCAGGAGGGCAGCUAUGACUCGCUGCCACAGUCUGUCGUCAUGGAGAGGCAGAAGGUCAUCAUUGACGAGUUGAUCAAAAAGCUGGAUGUGAACCUGAACGAGGACAUUGGGAAUCUGACACCGGAGGAGCUGAGACAGAGAGUGGACGCUGCCAUCGCUCAGAUAGUGAACCCAGCAAGGGUGAAAGAGCAGCUGGUGGAUCAGCUCAAAACCCAGAUCAGAGACCUGGAGAUGUUCAUCAACUUCAUUCAGGAUGAAGUGGGGAACCCUCUCCUUUCAGAUGGGGCACACAGUCAGCAGCCACAAGCUGCAGGGAGCAACGCCAGAACUCCGGGUGGCAAAAAGAAAGUGGACCCAGAGCAGGCCCAGAAGAUGCGAGAGACUGGCCUGCAGCUGAUCCAGAAGGCGCUCGCCGUGCUGCAGAUCUUUGCUGCGAGUCAGUUCGGCUGCGGGCCCGGCCACGUUCCCCAGAACAUCUGGCCUCAGGAGUCAGGUGUGCAGGAUUAUGGGCCCCUGCUGCAGCGUCUGGAAGUGGCUGUGGACAAGGUGCGAGUGCUGAGCUCCAGCAGACAGCCGUCGCUGGAACACGUCGUCAACUACACAAGCAACUCUGCGCUGGGACCUCGAGACGAGCUGACUGCGUCGGUGAGGAAGGAGCUGGCGAUCGCUCUGAAAGACUUGUUGUCCCACGGCCUCUUCUCCCCCUCUCAGACCAUGAGCCUGGUGCUGGCACCCAUCUCCUGCCUGCUGCCUUACAGACCAGCACCACAGACCAUGCACCCGUGGGAACUCUUUGUUAAAUACUACCACUCCAAAAACGGGAAGGCCUUUGUGGAGGCCCCAGCCCGCCAGCUGUCACAGUCCUUCAGCCUGCCUGUAGGGGGCGGCCCAGUCACAGUCACCCCUAAACAGUCUCUGCUGUGGGCAAUCCACACCGUGCUGAAGGAGCAUGGACGCUACAAACGAGGACCAGACACAGAGUUCAAAGCGCUGGUGUGCAUGGCGCUCAACGAGCAACGGCUGGUGUCGUGGCUCAACCUGCUGUGUAAGUCUGGCACUCUCAUACACCCGCACUACCAGUCCUGGAGCUACAUGGCUCAGACCGGCUUUGAAGGAGCCCUGCGAAUCCUGGGUCGCAUCAGCCACCUCAAAUUCAACCUCCCAGUGGACCUGGCUGUCCGGCAGCUGAAGAACAUUAAGGAUGCUUUCUGAGGAGGCGACACAUCUAUGAAAAAGUAACAAAACAUAUCUCAGAAACCAAGUAUUUUAUCAGCUAAACUACACUGCUCUUACCUGGCAUUCAGGACCAAAAGCAUGACUUUGUGCUUCAAGUAUGUGACCUUUUAAAGGUUAUUUAAGUAGCCACCCAUCUUAAAGUAAAGUGCAAGUGUGAUUUGAUGUAUACAGUACAUGCAUGGACGAUUCUGUUGUGUGAGCUUCAGCCAUGAGCAACCGUUAUCUGCAUAUGUUUAAGAUGCCAAAAUGCCAAAUGCUACUCGUACUGUAAACAUGCCUUAGAAGAAUGGAGAUUACCUCACGUUUAGAGAAGCCUUCCUGACCUUUGCGACCUGUGCUCAUCAUACUGUAACAUUCCCCCCGUGUGUACAUGAUGGUGUCCGAACCUAUGCAGCAAAAGAAAGAGGUUGGAUGCGUACAGUAAGCAGUACUGUAAUGUGGUCACCGAGAACAUCUAAGGAGCAUAAACUCGAUACUGUGGCUUCUACACAGUAACAGGAGCUUGUGUGACUCGGUCCAGUGUUCACAGUGGAAAGUGUGGUAUGACAUUCAUUAUUCUGGUGGUAAAUCAUGUGUAGCAGAUUGGUUGAUCAUAAAGCACUCAGGUCAGCUUGAAAUUAAACAUGUCACACCUCUCAGUUUCCAUCAUGAUGCAAACGUGAAGCUUACAUGUUGUGCCCACAAAUAUGCGGCUCCAUGUUAGAAUCUACAAAGCUGUUAUCACUUUUUGCACGUUGUGUUUCAGGUGUGUUAGACCCUGUAAGAACUGCUGCUUUUCUCCUAUUCCAGGUGUAGUUAAAUUAAAAAUGAAAUGACGGUGAUAUUAUAUUAUAAGAAUAAUCUUAUAUUCCAUAUGUGACAUGAUUGUAGGAUUUAAAAGGUUUCCUUUUGUUUCCUUUUUCAGAGAAAUUUGUUUUUAUCUUCCUGAGACAGCUGAGUUGCACGAUAUUGUUAAAUGCUGAAUGUACAAACCAUAGAUGCUAUUAAACUGAGGUUUAGUUUAUAUCUGCUGUAUGUUUCCCUGCUGUUUACAGGAUUGAAACGUCAGUGUUCCUGGGCCCAAAUGUAUGUAUCAAACCUGCUGAUGUAACAUCACUGCGUUUGUAUUCACUGAGAUAAAAACUUGUGCACAUUGUGACUCGAGUGCACCUUUUAAAGUUUAUUUUAUGUUACUGUGUAAAUGGAAACUCUGUGUUCUGUUUGGGCUAUGUGUCGUAAACAUAAUGCUAUAUUUAGCACACUAUUUUCCCAGAUGUUGUGUUUUGUUCAGCUGUUAUGUUGUGAUUUAUGUAAAGAAACUUUUAUUUAUUGCAUCGCAUGUUUUAGCUGACAUUUAACACAUCAGAACACUUUGCUUGAAACAUUAGACACACUGAAUAAUUUAAAUUGUGCUAUUUAUAUUAUUUUUAUUUAAUCUCUUUAAUCACAACUAAUAUAUUGGGAGAUAUGAAUUUUGUUUAUUUUUGUUUUAUUAUCAUGUUCAAUGCAUACAUACAGCUGCAAACAAAUUAAACAUUGUAACUAAA